ACACACACACACACACACACACACACAUACACACACACACACACUGAACAAGACAUUUUCCACUCUCUGUCCGAUCUGUCCCAGUUCCAUUUUGUGUUUCCCUCCUAUCUCUUCAUUCAUCAUUCUUUAAUCUCUUUCUCUCCUUCUUCACCGGAUGAAAUGUGAUUCAUUGCCUGUGAAGUCAAAAAGCUCCUGCUCCGGGGCUUUGCGAGAGAUUAGCCUUGUCACUUUUGAUGUCGCGGACGAGUCAUGCGAAGGGAAUGCAGCUCCGCAUCCUGGUGAGUCAUACAGACGCUCUGAGAGCCCUGAAGCCGUGGGACGACAUGUGGACCAACAGAGGGAGACAGAGCAAACCCAGGAAGCUGAAGAAGAAACCAAAACCAUUAUCGUGGGAGAAGAGGAUGCUGCAGAAGACAAGGAAGAAGACAAAACCAGAGUUGAAGUUGAAGGAAAUGAAAAGACACAUAAAACAGAAGAAAUUGAGUCUGAGGAUCAGUCGGGAAGACCAGCAUCAGGUACGUCAGAUCGUGAGGCAGAACUCGUGAAAAAGGAGGAUGAAGGAGACCGAGAUACAGAUGAUGAUGAUGAUGUUGAUGUGGAAAUUGAAAACCCAGAGGAAGCUGAGCAACAGGCAGAGCUGAGUGAUGAAAUGGUUGCGACUACAAACGGGGUCACCGAGUUAGAUAAUGCCGAACAGCCGUGCUCAGCAGAUCCAGAUGUGGACCCCUGCUCCGUCCAGAGGAAACACCCAGAGGUCCUGGAGAGAAGAGAGGAGCGUGCACGGAGAGCAGACAACAGAUCAGUUAGAAACCUCCAGGACUUUCCAAGCACCUCUCCAUCGUGGGCUUCAGCUUCUUUCCCAAGGAUGUUGACAGGGAUCAAAACCACCUACCCUCCCGUUGGUAGACGGCGCAUUAUCCCCCGAGUCACCGCCACCCCUAGAGCUUUUGUUUUUGAGCAUUCACCCUUCAUUUUAUAGCAGUGAUGCCUUUUAAUAAAGUGUCUUCUGUUGCCUUGUGAUAGACGUCAGGACGAGGCACCGGCACCCCCUCUCAGAGAGACCAGGACCUCCAAAAAGAGAACCUCCAUCUGGCCUCUGAGAACCUGGAGCUGCGCUUUCAGCUGGAGCAGGCCAACAAAGACCUGCCAAGACUCAAGGUAAACAAAACCUCAUGAGAGAAGGAGUUGUUC